UUUUAUCUUUCUGAUUUGUGUAUGAUCGUUUGAAUGAGCCAGAUCAUGGCCUUUGAUCUGCUGCCGGACGUACUCCAAAACGGUUUUAGAGCGUUAAGUUUUUUCCGCCAAGGUCAAGGACUCAAAGCCUAAAAUCUCCAAUCUAAGGGGAAGCUACUCUUAUUAAUUAUAUCUAGCCUACUACUAAGCUUGGCCCAGCACACAAGAAGCAAAGAUGACAACUGGUGUUUGUAGUUGUUGCUAGAUCAACCGACUUCUCACAAUGCACUCUGUGGCUUUUAAGCCUCAAUCUGUCAGUUAGUUGUAGGUUUUGCACCUAUUACAAUAGCUGAAUCAGCAGCUUUUACUUCAAUUGAAACUUAACUCCGAAUUCACUGAUAAAAAUAUAUUAUGAAAUGAACGUUUAGCUGGACCUUGGAGGAUGGAAAAAGAUAUGAUGAAAAAGAAGUUCGGCCUCCCUCCAAUGCCGCCCAUUGGACCGGGAGCCCCAGCUCGCAGAAACCUGAAGCGAAAAAGAGACUACACUCCUGUUCCUUGGGACAAAUAUUUUAACUCAAAAUUGGAUGUACCAUUAACUGAUGGAGAUACUUUUCGAGUGUAUGAGUGUGGCUCAGAGGGACCUGUUCUUCUCUUUUUGCAUGGCGGUGGUUUCUCUGCUCUCUCCUGGGCCCUUCUGUCGGCCCAGGUGACAACAAUGGUCAAGUGUCGUUGUGUGGCUGUAGACUUGCGAGGACACGGUGACACUGUUACUUCAGACAAUCAGAACCUGAGUGCUGAACAAAUGUCCAGUGAUGUUGGUCAUGUAGUGUCCAGUCUUUACCAGGAUGACCCACCCCCUAUUAUUCUGGUUGGCCACAGUAUGGGUGGAGCCAUCGCUGUACACACAGCUGCGAGGGACCUGAUCCCAUCACUCAUUGGUCUGGCUGUUAUAGAUGUGGUGGAAGGGACAGCUAUGGAAUCUUUAGCCAGCAUGCAGUCCUUCCUGAGGGGCCGACCUAAGACCUUUGACACCAUGGACAAGGCUAUAGAAUGGGCAGUGCGGAGCGGACAGAUCCAGAAUGUAGAGUCGGCAAAAGUCUCCAUGGUGGGCCAACUCAAGAGGAUGGACACACAAGAGACAGGAUCUGAGGAGCUGGAGCACCAGGGGAGUUUUGAUGAUAUCAUCGAAGAGGAGGUGGAUGGUGAAGGGGAGGAGGAGAGGGAGCCCUCAUCUGGAUCAUCAUCUUCUGCACAGACGGAAUUCAAGAGUCCUUCAGAUGGAUUGCAGCAGACACACAAGUACACAUGGAGGAUUGAUUUGUCCAAGACAGAAAAGUUCUGGAAAGGCUGGUUUGAGGGUUUGUCUCAGAAGUUCCUGUCAUGCAGCCCACCCAAGAUGCUAAUCCUGGCAGGUCCUGACCGACUGGACAAAGACUUGACCAUUGGCCAAAUGCAAGGAAAGUUCCAGAUGAAUUUAUUGCCUCAGUGUGGACAUGCAGUCCAUGAGGAUGUUCCAGACAAGGUGGCUGAAAUCCUGGCCAACUUCAUGCUACGAUAUCGAGUCACAGAAGCCAUUGGAGGCUUUGAGAGAUCUGUCCCGGGCUGCUGAGCUCUAUGCUGGGAGAUCGCAGAGUACUGUGACUGUGACACAAUUAUUAGUGUGGAGUUCCACAAGGCAUUCAGAACCUGAACAAAACUGGAAGUACAUAUAUGUGUACCGUAACUGUGUGGUGUGGGAGAAGUCAGAAGGUCGUAACCUGUCGAUGUUUCCCCCCCAUCGGGUCAAGGUCACAGGGUUAUGACGUCUCAGCAGCUGAUAUCGCGCCUGCUCGCAGUCAUUUUGUGUGUUGGUCAUAUAUAAGAGCUUUCCAUACACAUAAGAAUAAGAGCUUGUCGUUCACAACAUAUGUGUCUAGCCAUGUGUGAGUGCGUUUGUUAUUUAUAAUCGUUUUAUAGUUUAGUAUGUGUACUGGUGUUACAGUAUGUGUUUAGCUGUGUAUGUGUGUGUUUGUUAUUUAUAUCAUUUUAUAAUUAUAAUAAUAGGUACCACAAGUGAAAAUUUUUUUUUAAGAAUACCAGAACAAGACUAUAUAUUCCGUAUUAAAUUUAUUUUAACAUAUUUUCUAGGUUGGGGAGGACAAAGUAGAACUGUCAUUAUUCUUGAUUAUUGUAACAGAACCCCUUGACGCUUAACGGUAACGCAACAGAGGGUGAACACAUAGAAUUUAAAAGUAAAGAAGUAGUCUGCAAUGCCGUAGCCGUAGUUAUAGCCCAAGAAUUUUGACAGAACGACAUAGGAUCAGAUCUAGGCCCAAGCCAUACAUAAUACAUUUAUGGUUCAUAUUUUUAUGAAUAAAAAACACCUUUGGUCAACUUGUUAUGAAAAGUAGUUGCAUUGAGGUUAAAAAAACUAAAAUUUAAAAAAAGAUAAAGUUGAAAAUGUGCGAAACCAGAAACAACACUACUACUUUCUGUUCCGAUGGAUAGAGAUCUAGAUCAUUUGGCUGUUCCGUCAGUGUGUAUUGACUCCCGUGAAAUGACCAGUAGCUUAAGUACUAAUACAAUUUUUUUCUCGGAAAAACCUGAAGCAUGAUCUAUCUUAAACAACUAAAACGUUGAACUACUUAUCAAUGAGAUUGAACAAAUCACACUGUUGGUUGGCAGAUUAGUUGUUGUUACGUGUAUUCCCAUCGUAAUCCGUACGCUUGCCGGUCGGUAUGCCGAGUGCCUCGACAGCUGCCUCUUCAGCCAUUGUAACAGAAAGCGAGUUUCCCCGACACACGCAUCCACAGUUUGAAGCGCAAUAGCGGUACCAUGAUAACAAAUAGUUUAACAGUACUUGCUUGAAUAAAACAAAUAUAUUGUGAACUAGCUUUACGUGUAAAGCACAUCUAAAAAAAUGUUCAGAAUACUGAGAUUUUAUCGAAACUUCUCACAACAUUGUCUUUCCACUUCAAAUUUUACCCAUUUUGUCAGAAAAAUCCUGGCCUGCCUAGUAUGGGGAUAAAGGUCAGCUUUUGACCUUUCUAAUAAUGCAGCAGUUAUUUCUGUACACACUAUUGCGACCGAGCAGUUUCUGAAGGAAAAAGAGUGGCUCUGGCUAGGUUUCGAUGCAAGCGCCGGUCGGACGCAAAAUGCGUCAUUUUCCCAAAUUUUAGAGCUAUAUUAAACAUAUUUCCACACGUCCAAUCUAUCCACGAACAACACACAUAUUCGAACAAAACAAGCUCUUGAAAAAGGUUUUUAUUUCAUUAAAAUCAAGCAAUCAUGAGUGAAAAGCUAUGUUUGUGAAGUUGAUCACUACGACAGUUUUCCUCCUCGGGAAGAACUCGACUUGUCGCGAUCGGCGCACCGUUUGUGGUACCUAAUAAUAAUGUAGUUUGUGUGUGUGACAGAAAGUGUGUAACUGUGUUACAGUAUGUUUAUUAGUGUGUUACAGUAUGUAGGCCUAUGUGUGAUUGUGUAACAUUAGAUGUGUUUACUUGUGUGACGCUAUGCUUGUGCCUGUGUGACAGUAUGUGUGUACUUGUGUGACAGUAUGUGUGUACUUGUGUAACAGUAUGUGUGUACUUGUAUGACUGUAUGUGUGUACUUGUGUGACAGUAUGUGUUUACUUGUGUAACAGUAUGUGUGUACUUGUAUGACAGUAAGUGUGUACCUGUGUGACAGUAUGUGUGUACUUGUGACAGUAUGUGUGUACUUGUGUGACAGUAUGUGUGUUCUUGUGUAACACUAGUAACAGUAUGUGUGUACUUGUAUGACAGUAUGAGUGUACCUGUGUGACAGUAUGUGUGCACUUGUGUGACAGUAUGUGUGUACUUGAGUGAUAGUUGUUGUGUACCUGCGCGACAGUAUGUGUUUAACUGAAUGACUUCAUCUAGUCUCUGUAAUGUUGAGCGUGUUGCUUGGAGGAGACCUACCAGUUUUACAGCUAAGAUGUGCUUGAGAAGGAGAGGAGAGAAUAUUUUGGGGUUAUAGGAAUGUAGCAAAGUCUUUGUUGAUCUCAUCGUGUGUGGCAGGCAGCAUCUGUUGUGACAGUGGGAGAGGUCCUUUGUCAAAUCAUUGCUUGUGACAGGACUAGGGCACACGUACAUCUACAUUUAUUUGUCUCAGAAUUGUCCUUGAUUUGUCUCUUCAUUCAGAGCUGCCAACCCCACCGGCCACAAAAGUGUAAGAUCUUAGCUUUAAAAAAGUGUAAGAUUGUACAAAAAAAAGUGUACAUUAUAACAAAUGUCACUAUUUUAACUCACGCAAUUAAAACUCACAAAAAUUAAAAGAACUGACCUUC